ACUACGAUCCAGUCUCGUACCGGCUACCGAAGCGACAAGGCCGCAAGCGAUACGGUCACCGACAUCACCGAGGAUCUUUUGUGGAUACGAUUGUGAAAUUUUUACCCCAUAACAAAACAAGUGUCUUGUGUUUCGUAAAUUUUUUUUAUUUUAAUUUUUGCUUUUAUUUUGGAGGAUUGGUUUUUUUUGUUCCGCGCUUUUUAUUUAAUCAACAAGGAGAUUAAUGCCAAAGUUCCGCGCACUUUACAAUUUGAGCUAAAAUGAACUCGGAAUAACUCAAAAGUUGACUUGUUUAACCCCAUUUUUUAUUUGUGAUUUUUUUUUUUUGUUCGUUUUUGUUUUUGAGCCGUUCGUUCCUGUGGGGUUAAAAAUGAGAACUUAUGAAGAAAUGCCGGCGAUUUUGAUUCUAGUCUGUGUCCUGUUCAUCCACAGCGGCAUCACCGAAGAAGAGAUAGGAUCCCCUCUGAGGGUUGCCCAGUGCAGGGCGCGAUGCAUCCAACGGUUCACGACCCAUGGCAAUUCGGAGAAGGGGUGCCCCCAAGGCUCGGACUGUUCCAUGUGCUGGGAAAACUGUCAGCUCUUGCAGUCCAACUUUCCAGUUUGGUGGAGCACCAUCUGCGACGAGAAGCGCAUCUGCUUCCCUGGGUGUGAGGAGGCUUGCCAGUUUCACGCCGAGAUCGGCGGCGGCCAGAGCGAACCGGUCGUCAGGACGAGAAGCGAAGAGGUGCUCAAAGUGGAAAACAGCGUCGCCAGUUGGUCCAGGCCGAACAAAGCAUCCGGCCCUUUCGUCUACGUCGUGAUGCGACGCGUCGGGGAUCGUCCCUGGAAGCAGAUCACCCAGACCCUGGAACCGAGGGCCUGGGUGCCUGAAGGCGGAGUUCUUCGCGUCCUUGUUGUCAAUAGGGUCGGCCUCGUAGCCAUCUACAGCCCGGAACAGCCCGACUCCGAGAUGGCACAGAUGAAAGCCGUCCUGGAAAGCCUAGGCCGCGGAGGCGUGCUCAACGGCUACCCGAUACCUCCACCUCCUCCUCAAGGCAAGAGGAUCAACACACAAAUCGUCCAGCCGUCCACGUCGAUACCCAACAACAACAUCCUCGACGACAGCAGGGCGGAAGGAAAGCGCCCGUGGAACCUCCACACUAUAAGUCUCAUCCACCAGAAAUACCUAGUGAUAGCAGAAAUCGCGUGGGAGGGCAGGCGGCAGCUCCAGGGCUCGAGGAAACCCAUAUACUUCGUCACGUGGGAAGUCGACGGUGGUGGCUUAAAAGGAAAUCUCCUGACCGAGUCGACCACAGUCACACUGUCGCUCUGCACCGACACCGUCUACCACAUAGAGGUGCAAGUAGCCGUGAGAGAAGGAGAUGCUCCUGGCGAAAGGAGCGAGGAGCUGGUCGUCGAUACCGGCCUGGCGAUCAAAGUCGAACUGGACUCAGGCAGAUGGGCCGAUGCCCCACGGCGCGUUCCUGCUGACCGGAGGACGCACGAGCUCGCCCUCGGAGCCGGGGCUGCUUUCGCCCUUUUCCUCAUAGUUGCUCUAGUCGUAUUUAUUAGGACAAGGCGUUCCAGGACGCCGAAACUUUUACCCUACCAGUCGCAAAGCAUCUCGAGAGUUUUCCCCCCGAUGGUGCACGUCGUCGAAGAGGACAACCACCACAUGCCCGUCGCAGGCCUCCCCCGAGGCACGCUUCACGUUUGAGCCCCAAGCCCCGACUCGAGAAAGAAGAGAUAUCCUCAAAAAUUGUAAUAAAUCUUUCCCCCCCGCCCCAAUUUUAAAAAAGGCAAAAAAACGACCCGCUGUAUAUAUAUCGCCCACGCCCUUCGUGAAGUUCCUGUGAUAUACCACACUUCGCUUCCAGACGAGAAUAUUAUUUUGAGUUUGUCCAAAUUGUGUAUAUUGUUCAUUAUUUUGCUCGUAAAAUUAAACUGUUUUCGAUUAUUUGUAAAUUUGUAUAUUGUAUAGACUGAUUUUUAUUAUUUAAAGUAUUGAAACAAUACAAUGUUACUUUACUUUGCAAAAGUUGACAAUGAUUUUUUUCCUUUAAAUAUUUAAAUUGUAUAUGUAUGUUUUUAUUAUUUUGUAAUUUGUAAUACCUUGUGAAGUGUUGUAUGGAAAAAAAACUGGAGUCAAAAAUAAAUUUUAAUUUUAAAUAGUCCUAGUCGUAUUAUAGUGAUUUACUAGUGAUUUUUGAAUUUAGGGUAUUUUCUUUUUAAAAAACGGUUUUUGUUUUAUUUUCAAAGCAAAUCCUGGAUAGAAAAGAAAAAUUAAAAGUUGGGAAAAAUUGAUACAGUCAGUAGUGCGUUGAAAAUUCGCAAUAUUAUUUUUUUUAAUGAUAUUGACUUGCCUAUAUAUCUCUAUAAAUUUUUUAAACAAUAAAACUACUGUCUGUAUCAUAAAUUUAUUUUAGUACGUUUAGAACAGUUCGUUGAUCAAUAGGAGCUAGAAUAUUUUUGUUUCUUUAACUGCAAAUUUAACAAACAAAAAAUUGAAAUUCUCAAAGGGAAAGUGGUCACAAGUGACAAUCAUGGCUCGGCAUGUUCUUUUUCUGUUUAAUUUUAUAUUGGAAAUAUUUUUAUUCUUCUAUUGUUUCUAUUGGAAAUGAGCCUCUUUUAGAAAAUUGGCAUUCCUGAAAAGAGAGCAAAAUUAUAUGAAAAAAAGCGAUUUUCAACUGACGUUAACGAUAAAAAUUGAACCGAGUUCCUUCGAGAAAAUUAUAUUUUUAUAUGUGUCUCAGAGGAUUCCCUCCUGGAUUGGCGCGCUUUGUAAAUUAAAAUAUAAAAAGAAAGAAUAAACUAAUAAAUAAAAUUUU